UUUUAUCUCUGAAAGAUAAAAUGCUUUAUACUUGGUGCACUUUAAGUUUUUAUGUCGUUUUUGAGUUGCGCAACAAACAACGUUCAGCCUUUGUCUCGAGUUGGUUGCGAAAUCUGAAGAUGUUCCGUUGACCAAUUGCGCAAGAAACCGAAGGAAACAAAUUCCUUACCAAAUAUGGUCUUGUUUUGCUGAUAUGCAGAUUGUGAGGUUUAGAUUGACCAAUGAAGAUUCAUGAUAUCUUACCCUGACCAAUCAGAUGAAAGGUCUGUCCAAUGGCCUAGGUAUUUAGCCAAGACCACGAGGCUUGGCGGCCAUCAUUGCGUUGCAGCUUUUCAGCAAGAAACUUGACCAAAACUUCUAUUUUUCGUCAUUCUGUUCCUUGUCUUCACGUUUCAUCUCGAUUUUCCAAGAUAUUGAGAAAUCGCUCACUUGUCAGCUCCUGUUGGACGGACGAAAGGACGACAGAACACCGACGUAUUCCAUCGUUGACGCUGUAGACAUGCCUUACAAAAAGAAGACAGCAGUUCGACCAGCCGGAGAAGAUGCUGAUGGAGCGCCUCAGCCAAAGAGAUCGCGCCAACCUGUUACACACCGAUCGGAGCCACCAGCUCGUCGUGGACCGGAGCCACCAGCUCGCCGUGGACGAGGCCGUGGACGAGGGCGACCCCGAACGCACCCCAACCCGGCCCCAGAGGAGAUUCAUGCGGAUGAGCCGGCAAUCCUGGAUGUGCAUCCUCCCCGAGUUCAACUACAAGAUGAACUGCCUCAUGCCAAUAUGAACAAUGACUCUGUGCCAAGGCCUAGUGUGAUCACUUCUAGUAGUCCUGGGGGUGAUGUCCCGUUUCCGCGAACUGGCCCCACAAGCAGACCCGAUCCCAACUCCGUUACCUCAUCUUCCUGCGGUCUGGUAGAGAAUGAAAUGCGCCGGCUGUUAGACGCUUCAUUAGCACCAGGUCCGGUAUGGAUAGUGGGAGAUUCGAUAGUGCGUUGGGCGGAAGCCCCUUUAAGUCUUCCACUCACAGUGAUGUGGCAAGGACAGAGUGGUGCACAACUAGCCAACGUCGGACCACCGUUGGCUGGGGAGCGGCAUGCCGGCAUCGGCACGCCGACCCAAACCAUCAUCAACGGUCCGCCAGUGGCGCUCCAAAACCGGCGGACCAUCAGCGGCAAUCAGCGGCAUACCACCGGCGGUCCACCGCUCCAAAACCGCCAGCGGUCCACCAUCGGCAAUCAGCGUUUGUUGUUCCCAGCGUUUGUUGUUCCCAAUUGUUCCCAACAGUUUUUCCUCAGCCUGUAA